GUGUCGUCAGCUUGAAUUUACCAUAAUCGGAUUUAUUGAAGGUCCGGUCUAGUUCAAUGACGACGAGCACAUAUUUAUUUUAGCUUGGUUAUAAAUAUUGAUUUGCUAAUCCUCUUUCUCUUUUCCUCUUUAUCUUUUUUUUUCUUACACAAUGACCCAAUCUAUACUUAACCUUGAUAACCUUGCAGAUGCAUUAGUCAAUGAUAGCAGAAUCAAAGUAGCUGCUGUUGAUAUUGAUGGUUUGUUACGCGGCAAGAUUAUACACAAAGAGAAAUUCCUGCAAGUUGCAAAAAGCGGAUUUGGCUUCUGUUCUGUUAUAUUUGGAUGGGAUAUCCAAGAUAAAAACUACACCACUCCUAUGGAGUUUUCUGGCAAGGAGUGUCAGUACUUUGACUUGGUUGCAAAAAUCGAUUUAUCUUCUUAUCGUCGUAUCCCGUGGGAAGAUAACAUUCCCUUUUUCUUUGUAAGUUUGUUUCAUCCAACGACAGGUAAGCCACUCUACUGUUGUCCACGUAACGUGUUGAAAGGCGCCGUGGACGAGUUUGCUGAAAUGGGUAUUACGGCUUACUGUGGUGUAGAGUUCGAGUUUUUCUGUUUUAAAGAGACGAGUGAAAGUUUAGCUGACAAAGGUCAUAGCCAACUAGUUCCACUUACCGUGGGCAUGUGUGGAUAUUCUGUACUACGUCCAUUGCAUAAUCAAGACUUUUAUUACAACUCAUUUGACUGGUUAAAGCAAUUUCAGGUAGAUGUUGAGAGUUGGCACACCGAAACAGGUCCAGGAGUGUUUGAAGCUGCAAUCUUAUACAAGGAUGCAAAGGAGAUGGGUGAUCGUGCAACCUUAUUCAAAACCUCAAUGAAACAAAUCGGGUUAAAGCAUAAAGUGAUGCCAUCAUUUAUGGCCAAACCCUAUGGCGAUCAACCUGGCUGUUCUGGUCAUAUGCAUUUCAGUUUGAAGGACACAAAUGGCGAUAACUUGUUUGCCGUGGGUGAACCAAGUGAUAUACCCAACAUGACAAAAACAAUGGUUUGGUUUUUAGCCGGUGUUUUGAGAGGGUUGCCAAGUAUUCUGGCUAUUUUAGCUCCAACCAUCAACAGUUACAAGAGAUUGGUCGAGAAUUAUUGGGCUCCUGUGAGUGUUUCAUGGGGUAUUGAUUCGCGUCACAGUGCAGUUCGUGUCAUCGCACCUCCUUCGACCUCAGCUAGUGCAACUCGAUUAGAAAUGAGGGUAUCCGGAGCAGAUAUUAAUCCCCAUUUAGCCUUGGCGGCUGUGCUCAAGUGUGGUUAUUGGGGUAUUCAAACUAAGCAGGAGCUCCCUUCAGGCCCAAGUAACUCAGCAACCGAUGUCAGUAGCAACGAGCGAUUAUCACGCACAUUACAAGAAGCUACUUUAGUUAUGGACAAGAAGGAUUCAGUGGCUCGUAAAGUAUUAGGCGAUGAAUUUGUUGAUCACUAUGUUAGCACUAGAAACCAUGAGUGGAAUUUAUGGCAGAAUGCUGUAACUGACUAUGAGUUGAAACGUUACAUGGAACUUGUUUAAAAUAAAGUUAUUUUUUUAUUAUUAUUAUAAAGGGUGUGGGAGUGCGGGGUA